CCCCAAGGGAAGGGGAGAGAUUAAAAACUCCUGAUCGACGUGGAGGGAGAGAGUGAGAGAAGGAGGGAGAGAGAGAGGGGGAAAAAAGAGCUUAUCAUUUACCUUUGCUCUUCUUAAUGCCCCUGUGAGGGAUCGCCAUAGGCAGGGUGGUGAGUAACAGCGGGCAGAGGAGUACCUGCCCACCACACUAGUCAGACCAUGGAGUGAGGAGAAUAGAAGGAAAGAAAAAGAUAAGAAAAGAAGAGGAUAUAUCCUUUGAAGAACCAAACUUAGAGCAAAGCAACGAGAGACAUCACCUGUUCUGUGCCCACCGCUUCAAAAGGUAUUAUUAAGAUCAACCCCCAUGACAUAAAGUAGUGUUCUCUGUGUUCCUGAUUCCGCUGGGUUCUAGAGUGUGUCUGUAUUCGUGUCUGGGCUGUGGUCAUGGUGUCUCAGCUCCAGGGGUGUGCUUUGUAUCGGACAGACAGGAUCUGUCACAGAGGCAGCCUGAUCAGGCUCUUACUUCUACUCUACUGCUCUCUCAUGACCGCCCAGACUGCCAAACCCAAAGGCCCGGGCGGCACACACCUCAACUCCAUCCGCAUCGAUGGAGACAUCUCCCUGGGAGGCCUGUUCCCCGUGCACGCCAGGGGCAACGAAGGCAAGGCCUGCGGGGAGCUGAAGAAGGAGAAGGGGAUCCAUCGUCUGGAGGCCAUGCUGUUCGCCCUGGACCGUAUCAACAACGACCAUUCCCUGCUGCCCAACAUCACGCUGGGAGCACGCAUUCUAGACACGUGUUCCCGGGACACCCAUGCCCUGGAGCAGUCGCUUACCUUCGUUCAGGCCCUCAUCGAGAAGGACGGGACGGACGUCAAGUGUCUUGGCGGGGGAGCACCCAUCAUCACCAAGCCUGAGAGGGUAGUGGGAGUCAUUGGAGCCUCGUCCAGCUCUGUGUCCAUCAUGGUGGCCAACAUACUGCGGCUCUUCAAGAUCCCCCAGGUGAGUUACGCCUCCACGGCCCCGGAGCUGAGCGACAACACACGUUAUGACUUCUUCUCGCGCGUGGUGCCCCCAGACACCUACCAGGCCCAGGCCAUGGUGGACAUCGUCAAGGCCAUGCGCUGGAACUACGUCUCCACCGUGGCGUCAGAGGGCAACUACGGAGAGAGUGGCGUGGAUGCCUUCAUACAGAAGUCUCGAGAGGAUGGAGGUGUGUGCAUCUCUCAGUCGGUCAAGAUUCCCCGGGAGCUGAAACCGGGAGAGUUUGAUAAGGUCAUUCGCAGACUAAGAGAAAACCCAAAUGCAAGGGUGGUCAUUAUUUUUGCCAAUGAGGAUGAUAUCAGGCGGCUACUCCAAGCAGCCAAGAAGGCCAACCAGACUGGCCAUUUCAUCUGGGUGGGCUCAGACAGCUGGGGCUCAAAGAUCUCUCCAGUGUUACACCAGGAGGAGAUGGCAGAGGGAGCAGUCACCAUCCUGCCCAAACGCCAGUCCAUCAGAGGGUUUGAUCGUUACUUUAUCAGCCGCACACUGGAGAACAACAGGAGGAAUAUCUGGUUUGCUGAGUUCUGGGAGAACAACUUUGCCUGCAAGCUGAGCCGACACGCUUUGAAGAAAGGGUCCGGGCUGAAGAAAUGUACAAAUCAGGAGCGGAUAGGGAAGGACUCCAACUACGAGCAAGAGGGGAAGGUGCAGUUUGUUAUCGAUGCAGUCUAUUCCAUGGCCCAUGCGCUGCACAACAUGCACAGGGAACUCUGUCCGGGGAAGGUGGGCCUUUGCUCCAGGAUGGAUCCCAUCAAUGGCACUCUACUGCUCAAACACAUCCGCAUGCUCAACUUUGCAGGCAUAGCUGGCAACCCAGUGCUCUUCAAUGAGAAUGGAGACGCCCCUGGUCGCUAUGAGAUUUAUCAGUACCAGAUCAGAAACAGAACAGCCGAGUACAAAAUCAUAGGCCACUGGACCGAACAGCUCUAUCUGAAUAUCCGAGCAAUGCACUGGCCAGGUGGAGGUCGUCAGAUCCCUUUCUCCAUCUGCAGCCACCCCUGCCAGGCCGGAGAGCGCAAGAAGAUAGUGAAGGGCAUCCCUUGCUGCUGGCACUGCGAGCGCUGCAACGGCUACCAGUACCAGUCAGACACCUACAGCUGCAAGAUGUGUCGCUUUGACCUGCGUCCCAACGAGAACCACACUGCCUGCCGUCCCAUCCCCAUUGUCAAGCUGGAGUGGAGCUCCCCAUGGGCCAUCAUCCCUGUCCUCAUCUCCGUGGCGGGCAUCAUGGCCACUCUGUUCGUGGUGGUCACCUUCGUCCGCUACAACGACACACCCAUCGUCAAGGCGUCAGGCCGCGAGCUCAGCUACGUUCUGCUGACUGGUAUCUUCAUGUGCUAUGCCACCACCUUCCUCAUGAUUUCUGCCCCUGAUGUUGGCAUCUGCUCCCUCAGACGGAUCUUCCUGGGUCUGGGGAUGAGUAUCAGCUACGCAGCCCUGCUCACCAAGACUAACCGCAUCUACCGCAUCUUCGAGCAGGGAUCUAUGUCGGUGAGCGCCCCCAGGUUCAUCUCCCCAGCCUCCCAGCUGGUCAUCACCUUCAGCCUGACUUUGGUGCAGCUACUGGGGGUGUGUAUCUGGUUUGUGGUAGACCCGUCUCAGGCCAUCAUCGACUACGAGGACCAGCGCACGGCCAAUCCGGACAUGGCCCGUGGCGUGCUCAAAUGUGACAUCUCUGACCUUUCACUGAUCUGCCUGCUGGGUUACAGCAUGCUGCUCAUGGUCACCUGCACAGUGUACGCCAUCAAGACCCGGGGGGUGCCGGAGACCUUCAACGAGGCCAAGCCCAUCGGCUUCACCAUGUACACCACCUGUAUAGUCUGGCUGGCCUUCAUUCCCAUCUUCUUUGGCACCUCCCAGUCCACAGAGAAGAUGUACAUCCAGACCACCACGCUGACCAUCUCCGUGAGUCUGAGUGCCUCUGUCUCUCUGGGGAUGCUCUACUUGCCCAAGGUCUACGUGAUCCUCAGGCACCCGGAGCAGAACGUGCCCAAACGCACGCGCAGCCUUAAGGCCAUGGUCACUGCCACCACCAUGUCCAACAAGUUCAACCCCAAGGCCAGCCUACGUCCCAAUGGAGAGGCCAAGACUGAGCUGUCUGAGAGCCUGGAAACACAAGUUGAGUUAAAAGCUUUUGCCACAAAGCAGACAUACAUCAGCUACAGCAACCAUGUCAUCUAGGAGAGGAAGGCCAUCGUCGUUGUUCUGGAUGGUCACCUCGUGGCGCGUGAAAAUGUUCUUAUGCAGUGGAAUGAAAUGGGAAAUAGAGGAAGAAAAUGGACAUGGGGCAUGUUGUGAGGAUCACUAAAGGAUUUCCCAGGGAAUAGUCAUAAUAAAGGAAAGAGAGACCACACAGAGAUGCAGAGAGGGACCCUCAGGGGCCCAACAGAACAGAUACAGUAUAAUGGUGAUGUUCCAUCUUGUCGGCCAUGACAGACAAGGCCAACACUUCCCCCCUGGCAGAGACCAGAGAGGACAUGAUGCGGGAUGAGGCUUCUCCUCCCUUCUCGUUGUUUGCAUUGCAGCUUUAUUCUCUCUCUCUCUCUCUCUCUCUCUCUCACUCUCUCUCUUUUUUUCUUAUCUUAUCUUGAGCCGACCGGACUGACAUGCAAUCCAAUUGAAAGAAUCUGUUCAGGUGUGUGCGAUGCAAGGUUGUAGUCUGCCAGUAUUCUCAUCAGUAAGGGACAUUGCUCUCAAUGCUUCAGGAAGUUGCAGAGCCACCAGGAUGAGAGUGAUCAGUCUUUUAUUUUAAGGAGGAUUUUAAGUUAUGUAAUUGUUUUUUUUUGUUUUGUUUUUUUAAAGGUAUUCCAGUUUAAAAAGAAAAGACUGGAUGAAAGAAACCAUUCCAACAAUGCAGGAUAAUUGUACGCCAUCAUAUUUUUGUUGUUUUUGCCUUUCCUGUCUUCAUUGAGUUGACCCAAAAAAUUAUAAUGAUGUUGACAAAAAAAGAAUAUGGUCAUUACUGAUUUUGAGCAUGCCAGUUUGAACAUCCUGUGUUGUUGUAAAAAAAAAUAUUUGGAAUGCGUUCAAA